AUGGAUUGCGCAGGGAAGGAAAAAAUAUUAAAAUCAAUUUACCUUUCAAAUCUUAUAUACUAUGAACAAUGUAGAAUGGAACUUGUUGCUGCUGUGGAUGCCCUUGUUGCAAGUACUCUCACAAAAAACUUACGCGUGGACGCCAAGAAACUCUUCGAAAACCUGAAAAACGCUAUGCGCAAAGAGUUCGAAAGAACUCCUUGGGCUAAGAAUAAUCAUGCUGUUGAGAAAUACGAAGAAGCACUAAAGAAAAUUACAUUUUGGACAUUCUCAGAUGCCGAACAUAUCCUCACAACAGCUUUCAGAAAAUCUGAAAUCAGUUACAAUAACUGUUUAAAAACAUUGAAGACUGCAUACAAUGACAAAGUGUCCAAGACGUUCUGCAAAGUGAUGGCAACUAACAAUGCGACUAACUUCUUACAUGGAUCCCAUGAGGAACUUUCUGAAAUGGGAUUAAACGAAAUAAUCAGCGAUCGACUUUUAUUAUUCAACUAUAAAAAUGAAAGAAUCUACGUUUCAAACGAUUUCCUCUUACUUAUGAAUACCAACGAUACUUCGGACUUGCACGGAACACUUGGUUUUCUCCUCCUUCAUGAAAUUAUGCACACGUUCGUGUUUGGCCAUGAGGACAUCGCAGCAAAUAAUACACUUUACCCAUACUGGACUAAACAUGCCGAUUGUGUUGCCAAACAAGCAGAAAAGACAUGUGAAACAUUUCCAACAGUGCUCACAGAGGAUGGACAGUCGCAGGGAUGCAACACAACCAUCACAUUUGAAGAGGACGCAGCGGAUCUUGCUGCUUAUCGUCUGGCCUAUGAGUUGGGCAAACCAAAGUUUGCCAGAAAAACGAUGGUAGAGAACUAUGAAUCAAUCACAAAGGAUGAGAUGUUCUUCUACGGCGCGGGUAUCAUUUUAUGUAUUCCGAAUGGAAUGAAUGUUAGGCUGUUUUCCGGACAGCCACACUCUUACAACUACCAAAGAUUAAACUCUCUGAUGUCUCAAAUGAAUGAGUUCAAGACUGCGUUCAAGUGUAAGGAUACCGAUAAGAUGAUUCAGAACAAAGCCGCAGAGUGUACCUUGUAUGGAUCGAAAGCCCCGCUCACCAGGAAGAAUUCUUCUAAUUGA